GGCGACAGAUUUUCGGGAAUGUCUAGCCUUUGACAGGAAGAUUUAGUGUAGCGCUGUUGUCUCUGCUGCGCGCUUGGAUUUAUUGAAAGAAAGGCGAGGAAAAGGGGGAUUUAAUGUAAAAGCUCACUCAGUUCCAUGUUAAAUUAGUGUGAUCCAUCCGUGACUGUGCCUGCUGUCAAACCGGCUCCGCAUGAAAAAUAAGAAACUGUUCAUGGACAAGAAGACACGGAAGUAGUAGGAUCUGAUUAUAACAGGCCUCUGUGAUGGAACUUGGCAGGGCAUUGUGUAUCAAGAUGAAAUACUCAAGAAGGACUGAAGGCCAAAUCCCUGUCUUCCCGAAAGGACUGGGAAUCCACUUUUACCUCCCAGAUGUCAGUCCACUGGAGUUUUUCAAAGGAGACUACAGAACAGAAGAUCUAUGUACAGAUGGUGCCAGGAAAUGCAAUAUUUCACCACUUUGUCACAACCUGUUUGCGCUCUAUGAUGAGGGCAGGAACAUUUGGUAUCCACCUAAUCACACAUUUGAAGUUGACGAGAACACAGCCAUCAAGUUGCAUUACCGGAUGAGGUAUUACUUCACAAAUUGGCACGGGACUAAUGAGAACGAGUCUCCUGUGUGGAGGUACUCUUUGAAUAAACAGAAGAACGGUUACGCUCCACAGAAAACUCCAGAAGGCAUUCCCCUCCUUGAUGCCUCAUCAUUGGAGUACUUGUUUGCACAGGGGCAGUGUGAUUUUGUUAGGAGUCUCGCCCCUGUACGCAGCCCUCGGACUGACCAGGAGGUUCAUGAGAUUGAGAAUGAGUGCCUUGGCAUGGCAGUGCUGGCAAUAUCUCACCACGCCAUCCAGAAGAACAUACCCCUGCCAGGACUUGCUGGAGAAAUCAGUUAUAAACGAUACAUCCCUGAAACUCUGAACAAGACCAUCAAGCAACGGAACUUCUUGACUCGCAUCAGAAUAAACAAUGUGUUCAAGAGUUUCCUGAAGGAGUUCAGUAACAAGACCAUCUCGGACAGCAACGUGUCGAUGCACGACCUCAAAGUGAAGUACCUGUCCACCCUGGAGACUCUGACCAAGCACUUCGGCUCUGAGAUCUACGAGACCUCCAUGCUGCAGAUCUGUGCGGAGAACGAGAAGUCCCUCUCAGAGAACUUCGGAGGGGCGGACCUUCCUGUGUAUGAAGUUCAGGUGGCUGGCAAUGUUGGGAUACAGUGGAGGCUCAAACCGCUCCAUGAGAAGAAUAAAUCCAGGAAGAAUAAGAUGGAAAGCAGAAAUAAAAAAGACAAGAAUAAAGACCUUGUGAACGAAGGCUGGGCCCUCUUCUCUGAUUUCUAUGAGAUCACUCACAUUGUCAUCAAGGAGGCCACUGUCACCAUUUAUAAACAAGACAACAAAAAGAUGGAGCUGGAGCUUGCAUUCCAUGAUGAAGCGCUGUCCUUCAUCGCGCUGAUCGAUGGCUAUUUCAGGCUCACUGUCGAUGCUCACCACUACCUCUGCACAGACGUAGCCCCGCCAUCGGUGGUCCUCAAUCUUCAGAAUAGCUGUCAUGGGCCUAUCUGCACUGACUAUGCCAUUCACAAACUGAAACUGGAAGGGAAUGAAGACGGCAUGUAUGUCCUGCGCUGGAGCUGCACGGAUUACAACAACAUUCUGAUGACCGUGGCUUGCAGUGAGAAUGUUUGUGACCCAAACGGCGGACUGAGACAAAACAAGCAGUACAAGAACUUUCAGCUAGAAGUUUCAGAUGAGGGGUACAGGCUGUGUGGGACAGAGGCCUACUACCAGAGCCUGAGAGAUCUCAUGGACCACUUAUCAGGACAGAUCCUCAGGACGGACAGUGUCAGCUUCCAGCUGAGAAGGUGCUGUCCACCACAGCCCAGAGAAAUCUCUAACCUGCUGGUGGUAACGAAGAACAGAGCCCUGGACUCCCAACAGACUGCCAACAACUACAAUCUGAGUCAGCUGAGCUUCCACAGAAUCCCCAAGGAAGAGAUCAUUCAGGAGGAACAUCUUGGUCAAGGAACCAGAACGAAUAUUUAUGCUGGAAUCCUGAACUACAAGAACGAGGAUGACAAUGACGGCUUUUACACUGGGAAAGAGGUUAAAGUCGUCCUCAAGGUGCUGGGCUCUGGUCACAGAGACAUUUCGCUGUCUUUCUUUGAAACGGCUAGCAUGAUGAGACAGGUUUCCCAUAAGCACAUCGUACUUUUGCAUGGAGUCUGUGUCAGAGACUUGGAAAAUAUCAUGGUUGAAGAAUUUGUCCAGUUGGGUCCCUUAGAUCUCUUUAUGCAUCGGAAGAGUGAGCUUCUCACAACUGCAUGGAAAUUUCAAGUUGCUAAACAGCUAGCUAGUGCUCUGAGCUACCUGGAGGACAAGAAGCUGGUCCACGGAAAUGUGUGCACGAAGAAUAUCUUACUGGCCAGGGAAGGGCUUGAUAAUGAAGGCGGCCCCUUUAUCAAGCUGAGCGACCCAGGGAUUCCCAUUACUGUUCUAACCAGAGAAGAAUGCGUGGAGAGGAUUCCAUGGAUUGCCCCAGAGUGUGUUGAAAACGCAGAGAGCCUCAGUGUUGCUGCCGACAAGUGGAGUUUUGGAACGACGCUGUGGGAGAUCUGCUAUAACGGGGAGGUGCCACUUAAAGAUAAGAAAUUGACAGAGAAGGAGAGGUUUUACACAGCACACUGUGUGCUGGCUACCCCGGACUGCAAGGAGCUGGCUGACCUCAUGAAACAGUGCAUGAACUACAACCCCAAAAAGAGGCCUUUCUUCCGAGCCAUCAUGAGAGACAUCAACAAGCUGGAGGAGCAGAAUCCUGACAUUGUUUCUGGCAUUGUGCCCAAGACUGAAGUGGACCCCACAGUUUUUGAGAAGAGGUUUCUUAAGAGGAUAAGAGAUCUGGGGGAGGGUCACUUCGGGAAGGUGGAGCUGUGCAGGUACGACCCGGAGGGGGACCGGACUGGGGAGCUGGUGGCUGUGAAGUCACUGAAACCCGAGAGCAACGACGAGCACAGAGCAGACCUCCGGAGAGAGAUUGACAUCUUGAAGAACCUCUACCAUGAAAACAUUGUGAAGUACAAAGGGAUCUGCACAGAAGAAGGAGGAAGAGGAAUAACAUUGAUAAUGGAGUACCUUCCAUCUGGCAGCCUAAAGGAAUACCUGCCACGAAACAAGCACAAAAUAAACUUAAAACAGCAGCUCAAGUAUGGUGUCCAGAUAUGUCAAGGAAUGGAUUACCUGGGAUCUCUCAAGUAUGUUCACCGGGACCUGGCUGCUCGCAACGUCCUUGUUGAAAAUGAAAACAUAGUGAAGAUCGGAGAUUUCGGCUUGACGAAAACCAUUCAGACCAACAAGGAGUACUACACUGUGAAGGACGAUCUGGACAGUCCUGUGUUCUGGUACGCCCCAGAAUGUUUGCUUCAGUGCAAGUUUUACAUUGCUUCAGAUGUUUGGUCAUUUGGAGUUACCAUGUAUGAACUGCUAACUUACUGUGCAUCUGAGUGCAGCCCAAUGGCGAUGUUUUUGAAAAUGAUUGGUCCAACUCAAGGUCAGAUGACUGUUACUAGGCUUGUGAGAGUGCUAGAGGAAGGCCAACGGCUGCCGUGUCCAGCGAACUGUCCAGAAGAGAUUUACGCCCAAAUGAAGAAGUGCUGGGAACACAUUCCAAACAACAGGACUACGUUUAAAAGCCUAAUAAGUGCAUUUGAGACAGUUAUAGAUAAACUGUAACUGGAUUUGUCAUGGAUUGAUUGACUGAAUUUGACCAUUUUGAAAUCCUAUAAAAUAUGACAUCAUUGUUCUGUAUUGUUAGAUCUAUUCAGGCAUUUUUUCUCCUUUAUCGGGAUUUUUUUUGAGCAUGUGUCUUUUCUUUAUAUAAUCAAAUAUUAUUCAGCAGGUAUACAAAGAGCUUUGGCAUAGACAAUUGUACUCUUUUCUAAUUGAAUGUGAAAGCAGCUGCUCCCUCAAGGACACAAAAGCAAAUGUACUUGGUAGGAAUAAUUGUUCCUAGAAGUCACCACAUCUUGAGUUCACUGGUUAUAUAGUAUGUACAUACAUCACAUGCCUUUAUUUUUAGAAUUUCAGUUUUUAUGUUUUUCCCUCAUCUUUUAAGCAGUGUGUUUUUUUUUUUUUUUUUUUUUACUGUUUUUCUUUUAAAAAGAUACAUCUGUCUGAGCAACUAUAGACAAGGGAGAUUAAACCACUGGCAUUAAACCUUUGUAUUUGCUGCCAAGUUAUCCAUUUAUACAAACCAUUUUAUUGUAUUAAACUAAAAAAUAAAACCUUUUGUUUCCA